AGCUAAGCGAGGGUCAACAAACGACGGGCGCCCACGGCUGACAUCUCACAGACCGCCAUUCGAAUCAAUCAAUCAAUCGAGUCGAAUCACUGCCCAUUCUGCCUGGCCUUUCUGGAACACGAACGGACGACGGGAUUCUGGCUGUUGGCCACGAUAAGAUUGUGGCAGACUUGGGGCAAUACUGCCUUGGACCCCCUCCAAGCCUGGAUUGCGCAAGCCUGAUCGCUCAGCCUCGCAGCAUUCGUUUCGAUAGGAUCCCCUCCCAAAACGCCUGGAUCGACACUAUAUUAUUAGUGCAACAAAAAUAGCCGAUCCAUUGUUUUUUUGGGGGACUUCCGUUGAUUGGGGCAAUUGGGGAGAGGCGAAUUCGUUGUUUGCGUGGUAGUUGCUCCCGCUGCCAUGACUAACGUCGCUGGUGCGGGUGGCGCUGCUGCCCCGGUCGCGGCCAACAACGUGGACGACAAUCUUUCUUCUUCAACUUCAUCUUCGACUUUGUCCAACACGCAUACACACCACUCACAUUCGUUUCACUCCGGGAAGGGUUAUCAUCACCACAAUCGACAUUCCUUGGACAACACUCGUUCCAACACACACCUCCAUUUCCAUCAUCGAGCGCCUGCCUCUGACGACCUCUCUUCCCACCAGAAGAACGACGACACCGAUAUCGAUAUUGAUGUCCACCGCGACAGCAACCUCGAGAUCCGCCAAGCUGACCAAGACCCCUAUGUCCAGCACGUCGUCCAGACUGUCGAGCUCGUCCAGGUAGUCGACGCAUCCGGCAACCCAGUCACUCUACACACCGUACUACCCCCUCCCGGGACCGUGGUCGUGGACCGCGCGUCGGGGGAGACGAUAUCCGUCAUUUCGGCACCAGGAGCGUCGUGGACGGCGAUACAGCCGUCCGCAUCAUCUGUGUCGGCGGGAGGCGUCAAUGUCGAGGCGUCCCUUUCCGUUGGUCUCAGCCUGCCGAUAGACCCGUCUGUCACGGCCUCGGCUUCCGUCUCGGUCUCCUCCGCCUCGACAGAUGUCUCCGCGCCAUUGAUCACGUCGGGAGCGAGCGACACCCCGAUACCAGCGAGUCUGCUGCCGGAAACGAGCAACUUUCUCACACCAUCGGCGGGUGCCUCGCUCAAUGAAACAAACUCACUACCCUCACGCAACUCGACGUCAACACCUACCACACCUCUGAGCCAGAUCGCUCUUAAAUUGGACACCAUAUUGUCCUCCCCGUCGUCUACGUCAUUCACGUCCACAUCCGACGAUGAGUUCCGAUCCUUCAUCUCCAGCUCAAGCAGCGGCUACACCUGGGAUUCAUCCUUCUCCACGUCACUACCGUCGACAUACUCGGACAGCGAGACUGCCUCAUCAGAUGUCAUUGGAUACAGCGGCACUGGUGCCGAUGGCGCCCAGCCAACCGAUUCAGAAGACGUGCAGACAGAUACCGACAACUCCGACAACGACAGUGGUGGCGGUAUAGCACCUCUGACCCCACAGCAAAAGACUAUUGUCGGAGGCGUCGUCGGGAGCGUGGCUGGCGUGGCAUUCCUGCUGUUGCUCGUCAUGAUGGCGAUCAAGUGGAAGAAGCGAAGGAGUCAGAUGACCGAGCUUCUCGGAGAGCAAGGCACCCGGGGCAUUGCAGGUCGCGGCGGCCCGCCGACAGGAGGCAGCAAUGGGGGCGGGGACGCGAUGGCGGAGCGUCCUGGCGCUGGGUUCUCCGUACCGGCCGCGUUGGCCGCGUUGACGAGAAAGAGCCAGCACGCGCCUGGCGAGGCCACACGCUCAGGCGAACGGGGGUUCGUCCGCGUGUCUGGCAGGAAGCUGCCCUCCGUCCUACAGCACGGCGGCGAUGGCUACUCGGACCCCCGCGCCAGCACCAUGAGCGGCGAGUCUGACUACUGGCGCGGCUCGCAGGCCUUUGAUCCGGGCGCGACAUCACCACGUCUCGCGCUCGGUUCGCCGAUGCGUCCCGUGAGUGGCGUGCCGAUCAUACGCUCAGGGCCGGGACGACAAGCGGUCGCAGAGCAGAAUCCAUUCGCUGACCCGCCGAGCCCUGGGCCGCCCCCGAGCGGACCGCUACCGCCGCCGCCCAUGUCGAGAGACGGGCUGGGACGGAGUCUGACGAGUCAGGAUGGGUCGAGAGGGUCAGGCUCGAGGUUUCAGGAGAAUAUCUGAGUCGGCUCUUGCGCCUAGAAAGGGGGGAGAGGGGGUUAUCCAAAAAGAAAAUCGAAGCAGUAGAUUUUUUUUUAAAUUCUUGUACAUGUUGCAAUGGGAAUUUGGGAGCGACAGGGUCUAUCUAUCUAGCAGAGCGAAGGAAGGACGAACGGGUCGGGCGUCGUGUGUACAUAACUGCGACGUGGCCCGCGUACAUAUUUCAUGAUACCAGUUUGUUGGUGGUUAGUACAUAUUUGUGCCUCGGUGCGUUAA